AAUUAUCUAAAUUGCUACAGAAAAGCCGGUAUAAAAAACAAAUUAUAAUUAAGUGGACCUUCAGUUGCGUUUAUUUGCUGCUGGUAAGACAAUACUUGAACCACCAUGAAGAGGGUUGCUUUGGGAAUUUUCGCUAUUUGCUGUGUCGUUUGUUCUGAGGGGUUACAUUGCGAUUUUGGACAAAACACGAACGAGGAUUUAAAAGAAGCGAUGACUCAAUGUCUGCGGAACCAAACGUUGGAGAAAAUUCUGCAGGAUUCGGCUAAUUCCAUAGAAUCUGACGACUCGUCUGCUGGUUCCAAGGAAACGCCUGUUACCAAAGGCACCAACGGCGAUGUAAAAAUGGACAAAUCUAGAAGAACAAAACGUUCCAAGGCCACUAAAGAGUUAAAUACGGAACCGUCAAUGGGCAACAACCGAAAAUUCUACAGUUUCCCGACCACCGAAGAAUCGAACGCUGCUGAGACAAAUUCCAAUGAAGAUGAUACCGAUGGUGACAUGUGCGCUUUGCAGUGUAUUCUAGAGAAACUAGAAAUGACGGACUCUAACGGACUCCCAGAUCAGCAAAAAUUUGUUGACGUGCUUGUCAAGCGGGCCAGCGGAAAAGCAGUGAGCGAUCUCUUUAAAGAGUCUACCGAAGAAUGCUUUCAACAAAUGGCAGAAGAAGACUCCGAGGAAGCUUGCCGAUAUUCCACGAAGCUAGUGACAUGUUUAACUGAAAAAGGACGAUCAAGUUGCGACGACUGGCCACAGGGUUCCUUGCCGUGGUAGAAGAAAUCUUUCUGCUACCGAAUCUGUUGAAUUUGUUGACAUGAAUCCUUAAGUUAUCAACUGCUUUAAUUUUUAUGUGCAAGUGUAAAAAUUCUAAUAUACACUAGGUUGUAUUAUACCGAA